ACUCACUACUGAUUUGUACUCAAAUUUUUCCAAAAUUGUUUAGUUUUUUUUCACCCGCCAGCAAUACUCGUAGAAUAUAUUUUGGCAUUAUUUUUUUAUACAAACCACCGCAUCUUUAAGACCAUUUUCCUACUCUCUAAACCAAGUCAUCCUCUUGUGCUGUUGCAAUGUAUCAUAAUCAAUAUAUCUAUUCGCGUGAGCGUCGUCGCUUUGGACGCCAGCCUUUAUUAAGCGAUCGUACGCAGCUCAUGCUCAGCAUUCAGCCCAGUCAACGUACUCGCACAUCCUAUAUUCUACGUAAUCCAAUGAAUCGCAGCACGCAGUUGAGCGAUCAAAUGGCUUAUAGUUGGGUGGAGACGGAGAAUGUCACAUAUGCGGAGCACGGCAUGUAUCACUAUGAAGGUGGAUGGCCCCGCGAAGUUAAUAUAAACGAUGAAGAGUCGACGUUGCGUUACCGCAAGAAGAUCGAACGCGAAGAUAAUUGGGGAAUUCAAGUAACUCAUAUAAUACAUUCGUCAAUGGAUGUGGCGGCGCAAAAUAGUGCUAUAAAUAUCUAUCAGGAGUUUUUCGUUGAUCUACCACCUGAAUUGGGCCAAGACAUACGCAUGCCGUUCGAGGCGCGCCAAUGUAAUAUAUUUCAUGAUCCGCAAACACCUGCACGGCCGAUCACCAUUUUAGACUGGAUGCCGAGCGAGUUGAGGAAAUUUUUAUCACAACCCACCAAUUUCAAACCGCUUCCGCCGGUACAACAGCCUUCCAAAAAUGUGAAAGCGACAGAUGACGAUAAGUUAAAUCGUAAUUCCUUCUAUGUUUGGAAUCAAAUUAAUGCUCUGCACCCAGAGGUAGUGCUCGAGUCGACAGAGCCAGUACGUUGUGCACAUUUCUGUCCCCGUGACGAUUUAUUUAUAGCAGCCGGCUUGGAGUCAGGCAUAGUGGGGCUUUGGGAUGCUCGUAAUGGCGGAAACGCACUGAAAGUUUCUCCAUUGGAAGGUGCACAUCGUUCGGCAGCAGCUGCUUUAUGUUGGGUGCAUUCCAAAUCGAAUUCUGAAUUUUACACCGGUUCAUUUGAUGGUUCAGUGAAAUAUUGGGAUGGACGCAAUCUGGAUGCGCCAUUACAAGAAAUUUUGAUAGAUCCUUUGCCAACCGAUGAGCAAAAGCGUGAGCGAGCACAUGGAGUUACAGUGUUGGAGUUUGAGUAUACCAUACCGGUUCGUUACAUUAUUGCCAGCGAUCAGGGUUACGUCUUUAUUGGCAAUCGUAAAGGUAUGUUGCCGACCGAAGUGUUGCUUUCUAACUAUCGCCUCUUCUCGGGGCCGAUACGCACCAUUGAACGCAAUCCGUUCUUUGUGAAGAAUUUCCUAAUUGCCGCAGAUUGGUGUGUAAAAAUCUGGGCAGAGGAGUGUAAAGGUGCACCCACGACCCUACUAAUGAAGAAAAAGCAUGAAAUGUUGUGUGGCACUUGGAGCCCAACUCGUUGCUCGCUUUUUGUUACGGGUGAUGCAAAAGGUGAAGUGGACUUUUGGGACAUUUUGUUGCAUCAACGAAAACCGAUAUUCACAUUGAAGUUAAAAUGCGCCAUAAGGUAUAUGAAAUUUCGAGCAGAUGGCAAAUAUUUAGCGGUGGGGUUGGAAAAUGGUGAUAUACAACUUUUCGAAUUGGAUACAGCUUUGAAGCAGAGCGCAGCUAAGGAUAAAGCUUUGUUAAUGGCGCUUUUCGAACGUGAGCUACUGCGCUCCAAAUUGUUGGAAGGCCGUGUUGAAGAAAUUAAGCUUAAACGUAAAACGUCCAUGUAUGAAGCCGAGCAAGCCAAACUCCGUGAAGCUGAAUUAGAGUUGCUAGAACAACUUGAUCCCGAAGAUCCAGAUCAGUUUUUGCAGAUUAUCGAAAAUGACACGGAAUUCAAGGACAUGUUGAAAAUGUUCAGGGACGGUAUAUUCGAUAUAGAUAAGAAGAGACAAGAACGUCAAUUUGUAAUGGAGCGUACUGUUUUCGAGAAUGUCGAAGAACCUCUAAGCGACGCUGCCUUAGCGACACUCACUGCAGAAGAGAAUGCCCUCCAAGCUUCUGGUGGACUAGCUGGUGCUGCUGGUAAAGUCGGCGCUACUGCAGUUUUUGGAGAUGCUACUGCAGAUUUCGGAGCUGUCCCUCAAACAAAAGAAGCAGCAGCUACUGCUUUAAAAAUAAAAGUCUUGAAACGUAUGGCAGAUGAUUAAUAUAAAUAUUUUGUAACAUUUUUUCGUUGUAUCAACUCAUAUUUUAUUUACUUGUAUGUAUUAUGUGCGACAUGUGGGAUGAUAUUAAAAUACGCACAUCUUUGCUGCUAA